AUGCCUGCCAGAUACGCGCCGCUCCCCAAUCCCAGCUCGAAUGUCCAUGAUCCAGAGCGGGAGCUCGAGGAUGCCUUUGAACUAAACGACGAAGACGACCAUGACCACAGCGUCCAGCACCACGGCGCCGCCGUUGCCAACGCUAAUCUCCCCCCGCAACCGCAAGGGCACCCCGCACAUGCACGACAUCCAUCCCUGCCGCCUGCCUACGACUUCGAAAGGCAGGAUUAUGAUUUUCCUCCGCCAGGAUCGCCUCCUCGACCGACCGACCGAGCGCUCCCCAACAACUAUGGAAAUUCGAAUGGAUUGUUGCCUGAAUCGCCUGUGAUACCCCAGCCGCGACAGCCCUCGUUGUGGAGCCGAGCGGUCGGGGCCGUUUUCCCCUCAAGAUACCAGAGAGUUGCGUCUUCGGAAUCAUCCCAGAGGAGGAUUGGCGGUGGGACAGAGAACGAUGGCGUCUUUGCCAAUGUCAUGGCGAAACCACAGGCUGCCAGGACAGAGCGAGCAGAGGACGGCAGUAUUUUUGUCGUACCUGAGGAGUCGCAAAAGGAGACCCCACCUUCGUACGCCGAAGCUCAAGCAGACGCGGUUCCACCCUACUGGGAAACAACGGUCCAUGCACCGGCCUCAAACGACCCCAACGCAGAUAUGAUCAUCGACGACCUCCCGACUGGGUCGUUCUUAGUCUUUGCGAUCAACCUUAUUUUCUCAUUCUUCUUCCAAUUUGUCGGUUUCUUCCUCACCUACCUGCUCCACACUACACAUGCGGCCAAGUUUGGAUCUCGCGCUGGACUCGGGUUGACACUCAUCCAGUACGGCUUCUAUUCACGAAUGGUGACUGAAGAAGAGGCGGGGACCAGUCACGACAUUCCAACAUACAAGAACGGCUGGGCGGCGUCUCACUGGCAUAAUAUGACUACGCCGCAACAAGACCCUGAUGCCCAGGCGGACAUGGCCAUGUCUGCCAUGUCCCGGGAUUGGCUGUCCUUCUUGUUCAUGACUCUGGGAUGGUUCUUACUUCUUUCAUCAUGCGUCGGCUUCUGGCGGGUGAAGCGCUGGGAAAGUUCUAUUCGAGCACCAGUCCCCGAGCCUUCAACUGCAAGUGACCUUGAACGAGACCAAGCAAUUCGGGUGAACAUAUCCCGUGUAUUCGGUUUCGACCUCCAUGAUGAUCGUAAUCCUCCGUCGCAGCAAGCGCUCGAAGCAGAAGCGAGGUUACAGCGAGAUUUGCAACGUGCAGGGUUGCUUUGA